AUGGACCUCGAGAAAAGAGAACAAGAAAUUUAUAUUGCAGGAUAUUUAGUUUACGACAUUAUGAUCGUCGAGAACCUAGGAGAUCAUGCAGAUGCCGAGGUAGCCAAGGGAGUGAAACAGUUUACUGAAAAUUUCAUAAAGAAACGUUUAAAGGAGGUGAAAUAUCGAACUGUUGAAGAAACCUGACAUGUACCACUGUCGGAAAAAGAGUCUUUGAUCAAGAAGCUAUUGAAUAUGCAAAACUGCUUAAAAAAGCGAAGGAGGCCGCUGAAAAGUGCAAAGAGAAGAAGUUUGACGUGGGAAAACCAUCAGCUACCAAAGAACCCCAACAAUGCUGCCAAAAGAAAUUUCUAAGCAAAAGGCUUGUGAAUCGAACACGUCAUUCAAAGAGGGCAGAUUAG